AUGUCACCACUCUCCCCUGAGGAUAGUGCUAUGAUUGAUCGCGGAUUUCGAGCCUUCUAUCAUGAUAACCUCUGGUAUUAUCCCUAUGCAGCAACUCAAGACAACCUUGCGUUGACUGUACCGUGGGAAAGAGCUGGUGCUGUGCUGGAUCCUUCUGAGGCACUUACCAGUGACGCAAUGCCAGUACACUCACUGGGGCCCAAAAUUAAGGUCAAGGAGUAUGGCCCAGUGGCUAACCCGCGUCAGAUCUUGAUAUGGCUUUCAGGCGGAGGAUGGCAAUUAGCACUAGGGUUCCCUAUCAUUUCUAUAGGCUACACCCGAGAGCCCUUCCCUGCUCCUCUUCAAACAACUUAUGAUGCUAUUGACUGGGUUAAGGCUCAGUAUGGGGCAGCUGAUGUUAUUAUUGCUGGUGUUUCUAGUGGCGCUAACCUAGCAAUUGUUGCUGCUUUACAUCGAUAUAGCGAUUGGAUUCAAGGAGUGUGCCUUGUUGCACCUUCUCUUGACAAUACUGAGGGUGCGCAGCGAAGGCACAUAGGUGUAUCUCCUUGGUUUACUACAGAACGUAUGGAGUAUUACCAACGGUCAUAUGUGCCUGAUGUUGCUGCUCGUCGGGACUGUAAAAUCAGUCCAAGUCAUACUCCGAAAGAGGUCCUCAGCAGAAGUGCGAAAAAGUUUUCCGUGUCAGUAUACAUCAUGGGCGCGGAUAUCUUAAGAGAUGAGGCCCAAGGCUUUGUUGAGCGUCUAUUCCAGCACGGAUACCAGGGUGUAUUGGGCCAUCAGCUUCUGACCGACCUGGCGGAAGAUAUUCAGGCAAUUUUUGCCCACAAUCUUUGCCCGGGACGCCUGGAAGGGGGGAUGGAUCACCAGUUUGAGGAUCGAUUUGACACUGAUACCGAGCUACUGCAAUUUCGGUUGGAAGGCGCGUCUAAACCACUUGGCUCGGGUUAG